AUGGCUGCAUCUUUCUCUGUCCCCUCUAUGAUAAUGGAAGAAGAAGGUAGAUUCGAGGCGGAGGUUGCGGAGGUGCAGACUUGGUGGAGCUCGGAGAGGUUCAAGCUAACAAGGCGUCCUUACACGGCCCGUGACGUGGUGGCUCUACGUGGCCAUCUCAAGCAAGGUUAUGCUUCGAACGAGAUGGCUAAGAAACUGUGGAGAACGCUCAAGAGCCACCAAGCCAACGGCACGGCGUCUCGCACGUUUGGUGCGUUAGAUCCUGUUCAGGUGACCAUGAUGGCUAAACAUUUGGACACCAUCUAUGUCUCUGGCUGGCAGUGCUCGUCCACUCACACUUCCACCAACGAGCCUGGUCCGGAUCUUGCUGAUUAUCCGUACGACACUGUUCCUAACAAGGUCGAACACCUCUUCUUCGCUCAGCAGUACCAUGACAGAAUUGCGUUUUUCAAGGUCUUACGUUGCCACUUGGGACACAUGACACGUUAUCGUCGUGUUAAAACCGGAUCUGAAUUUGACACUGGCUUCGGAGGCACCACCGCCACAGUGAAGCUCUGCAAGCUCUUCGUCGAGAGAGGCGCCGCUGGGGUCCACAUCGAGGACCAGUCCUCCGUCACCAAAAAGUGUGGCCACAUGGCCGGAAAAGUCCUCGUGGCAGUCAGCGAACACAUCAACCGCCUUGUCGCGGCUCGGCUCCAGUUCGAUGUGAUGGGCACAGAGACCGUCCUGGUCGCUAGAACGGAUGCGGUCGCGGCCACUCUGAUCCAGUCCAAUAUUGACUCGAGGGACCACCAGUUCAUCCUCGGAGCGACUAACCCGAGCCAUCGAGGCAAGAGUUUGUCCUCCCUUCUCGCUGAAGGAAUGGCUGUAGGCAAGAACGGUCCAGCUUUGCAAUCCAUUGAGGACCAGUGGCUAAGCUCGGCCGGUCUUAUGACUUUCUCGGACGCUGUCGUGCAGGCCAUCAAGCGCAUGAACCUCAAUGAGAAUGAGCAGAGCCGGAGAGUGAACGAGUGGCUAAACCAUGCAAGGUACGAAAACUGCCUGUCAAAUGAGCAAGGCCGAGAGUUAGCAGCAAAACUCGGCGUGACGGAUCUGUUCUGGGACUGGGACUUACCAAGAACCAGAGAAGGAUUCUACCGGUUCCAAGGCUCGGUCGCAGCGGCCGUAGUCCGUGGUUGGGCCUUUGCACAGAUCGCAGAUAUCAUCUGGAUGGAAACCGCGAGCCCAGACCUCAACGAAUGCACACAAUUCGCAGAAGGAGUCAAGUCAAAGACACCUGAGGUCAUGCUCGCCUACAACCUUUCGCCGUCCUUUAACUGGGACGCUUCCGGUAUGACGGAUCAGCAGAUGAUGGAGUUCAUCCCACAGAUCGCUAGGCUCGGGUAUUGCUGGCAGUUCAUAACGCUUGCUGGUUUCCAUGCGGAUGCUCUUGUGGUGGAUACAUUUGCAAAGGAUUACGCGAGGAGAGGGAUGUUGGCUUAUGUGGAGAGGAUACAGAGAGAAGAGAGGAGCAAUGGGGUAGACACUUUGGCUCAUCAGAAAUGGUCAGGUGCUAAUUACUAUGAUCGUUAUCUUAAGACCGUCCAAGGUGGAAUCUCCUCCACUGCAGCCAUGGGCAAAGGUGUUACUGAGGAACAGUUCAAGGAGAGUUGGACGAGGCCGGGAGCUGCUGGAAUGGGCGAAGGGACGAGCCUUGUGGUCGCCAAGUCUAGAAUGUAA